GAUAUUCCCACUAUUCUCUGUCCUGUCACAUUCAUCAAUUGGCGAUGUCAAACACUGUUCCCAUCCCAAGCGGCAUGUACAAGUUAGGCUUCAUAGGAGCAGGAAAGUUAGCAGAGAGCAUUGCGAGAGGCGUAGUCAAAUCGGGCAUAUUGCCGGCUUCUCGUAUUCGAACUGCCCAUUGCGGCUCCACUCGCCGCACUGCCUUUGAAUCAUUUGGUGUCACCGUCUACGACCACAACAAGCAGGUUGUUGAAGAUAGUGAUGUGAUCAUAUUCUCUGUGAAGCCUCAAGUUGUUAAACACGUGAUAUUAGAACUGAAGCCUGUUUUUACUGAGAAACAACUUCUGGUGUCAGUUGCUGCAGGUGUCAAAUUGAUAGACUUGCAGGAAUGGGCAGGUAAUAGUAGAUUUAUUAGGGUGAUGCCAAACACUCCGGCAGCUGUUGGCGAGGCAGCUUCUGUGAUUAGCAUGGGGAAUGGGGCUUUAAAAGAAGACGGAGAACUGAUCUCAUUACUUUUUGGAGCUAUUGGAAAAGUGUGGAAAGCUGAUGAGAAAGUGUUUGAUGCAGUCACUGGUCUAAGUGGAAGUGGACCAGCAUACAUAUAUUUGGCCAUAGAGGCAUUGACUGAUGGAGGGGUAGCUGCUGGUCUUCCUCGAGACCUUGCACUUGGUCUUGCUACUCAAACUGUACUGGGGACUGCAACUAUGGUGGCCAGUGGAGGGAAGCACCCAGGUCAACUUAAAGAUGAGGUAGCCUCAGCUGGUGGCACCACCAUUGCUGGGAUUCAUGAGCUGGAGAAGGCUGGGUUUCGCGGGGUAUUGAUGAAUGCUGUUUUAGCUGCAACUAAGCGCAGUCGAGAUCUUUCCCAGAACUAGUUAACAAUUUUCCUGUCAGCUCUAGAUUAUUUGUUCUACAAAGUCAGAAAGCAGCUGUUCUCUUUCUCUUUUUAUUUAUUUAUUCAUUUUUUAUUAAUAAAUUGAUGCCACUUGAGUCUACAAUAAACAAUUACUCUUUGUGUAUUGGGGAUUUACCCGGUUCAGAAUACAUUGUCAAUUAUAGUUAAGAAUUUAGUGUCAUUGUGGAAAAAAAGAAUCAUGCGUCAGGCAAAACUGAUUGUCCCAUGUGAGGUGAAAGUCUAGGGGGUGAAUAAACUUUCAAAUCUUAACAUUUU